CAGUUGUAACUUUCCCCCGACUAGAGGGAAUCACUCCUGCGCUACAUGUCGCUGCUUUUAAAGAUGAGACUGCGCGCACACAAGACAGCAAGGUCGCAUGUUAACGCGCUCUGAUGUAGCAUAGAGCCGACUGCUGCGCAAAGCUCCCGAGACUGACACAAUUUAAACAGUGACUGCGCUGUGCUGAGCUUCUCUCUAUCUUUCAAACUCUUUCUCGCUCUGUCUUUCAAAUACACGCACCCCUUGACAAGCACACUUGCGUCCAGUUUGUUGAGCUUGGGGAUCUAGUGUCUUCAUUUGGUCUGCAAGACGAAGCCCACAUCGGAGCGCAACAGAAGUUAAGGGCACCGUCAGAUCGCGCAAAUCAGAAGAACUCAAUGGCGGUACCGAUGAACUUCUGUUGUCUGGCUAUCUUAAGCGCAUACCUCGCGCUUACGGCUCAAGCGGACUGUGGCACCGACUGUGCGUACUGCGCAGUGCAGGAGAGCUUUCGAAAAUCCGACAUCAACCCAACUAUGUGUAUGUGGCAGUGCGCGGCCGACUUCUCCGGCGGAAGCUCAUGGGGUCCGUGCCGAGACCUCCUGCAGAGCUCCAACACAGCUGCCACGGCCGCCGCCGCCGCCACCGCCGAGAGCGAGGACCUCCCCACCGAGCCGGAGCAGCAGCAGGACGCCCAGCUGCACCAGCUGGCCAAGAAAUACGGCGGCUUUAUGAAGCGCUACGGCGGGUUUAUGAAACGCUACGGCGGGUUCAUGAAGCGCUACGGCGGGUUCAUGAAGAAGAGCGACGAGACGUACGGCCUGGAGCCCGACGACAUCGACCACGGCCGAGAGAUCCUGACGUUUCGCACGGAGAGGGGAGACGGAGAGAAGGGGGUGGACUCUCUCAGCGUGCUGAGGGAGCUGCUCAGUGCAAAGGGCGGGGAGGAGGCCGCCGAGGGCAUAGCCAAACGCUACGGGGGCUUCAUGCGAAGGGCCGGGCUUUAUGACUCACUGAGUGGGGGGGCACGACCCCUGCAGAAGCGAUAUGGGGGCUUCAUGCGACGGGUGGGUUGGCCCGAGUGGCUGGAGGAGAGCAAGCGAUACGGGGGCUUCAUGAGGCGCUCGCCAGGGGAGGAUGAGGAGGGGGUGGAGGAAGAGGAGGGGGAAGAAGAGCAAGAGCCGCAGAUGGAGAAGAGGUAUGGAGGAUUCAUGGGAUACUGAGCUGCCUACAGACUGAGCGAUCGAUUGAGACAUCUUCUGUUUUGCCCCCUGUUCUUCUUGUGUCAACUCUGUUUUGCCUCCUGUUCUGCUUGGUCCUGAUGCAGCUCCUGUUGAGUCUUCUUCUUCUUCUUCUUCUUCUUCUUCUUCUUCUUGUUUGGUCCAUGCUCCCCUUCCUGACUCAAGACAUGCACAUGUGUACGGGUGUACACUCUUUUUGCGAAACACAGACACGUGCAUGUAUGUACACAGACACAUAUGCACAAACACACACACACAAACACACACACAAA